CUACAAUUGCAUACCAGUAAACUAUCUUCCCGAGCUCACCGUCCGAGACCGUCACCUCAGUAUCUCAUUUCGCUGCUCAGCUCAUUCAUUUGGAGGAGGCACGUUGAGCCUCACUCACAUCACAGCUACCGACGAGCCAUCAAAAUGUAGCAGCCAUGUCCCAUCUCCUUAAAGGCAAAUCCAAAUCCCGCGACCCUCCGCCAACACUCUUCCAAAAUCCAUCUCCCUCCGCCUCCCAUGCCUCCCUUUCUAUACCCGGUCCGGGAUCUAAGAUCCCGCCUCAACCCUCUACAUCGGCAUUCCCCUCCCCAACUCCAGCCACCACCACCGCCGCCGCCCCGCAAGUUGGCGGUUCCUCCCAAACGCACACGGGAGGACUAAACAUCAACAUCCCCCUCUCCUCAACCAAGCCAUCCCGACAGAGAGGCUCCAGCCGCGCAACAACAGACCGCACUGAUGCCCUCUGGGCGGAGAUGCAGGCGACUCUCGAAGCCGUCGAACUCUCUGCCGGCGCCGCCGCAGCAACCGCAACCACGACCACCUCAUCUACGUCCCGCGAUGGCAACGGGGGUGGUGGGGGUGGCGGUGCCGCAGCAGCAGCAGCAGCAGCAGCUCGUGUGUUUGGUGCUGAUCACGAGCGCAAGCUGGACGAGCUGCGCGCAGCACAGAUUGCGCUUGCGCAGGCGUGGGCCAGGAGCGAGGCGGAUGAAGCUAUUGAGACUACCGGUGGUGGCGGCGCACUCGGUGCAGGAGGAGGGGCUGGGGAAGGGGGGAUGAUGGGUGGUGGUAUGUCUGAGGGAAGGAGCGUGGCUACGGAUGCUGGGGGAGGAGCGGCAGGAGGGGGAGGGGGAAGGAGUACGGUGGGGACUGGUAGUGUUGCUGCUGCUGCUGCUGCUGCCAGGCCGGGGAGUAGUGGGGUUGGAAUGGGGAGUGGGCAGCAGGAGAGGCUGGGUGCUGGGGCUCAUAAGAUGGAGGAGGAGACAGAGGCGGAUAUUCUGUUGGCAAGGAAGCGGCGGGAGGCGAAUGAUCGGUAUUUCCAGAGGGUGAAUCAGGGCGUACUAGACGUGGUCGCCAAGCUGGAGGAGGUGGCUAUUGCGAUGCGGGCAGUUGAGCAGGAGAGCAAGGAGCUCUGGGGCGACGAGAUUGAGAGCGCUCCGACGAGCGCGAAGGCUUAGAUCGAGGUUUCUACUGUCUCAUACUAUGGGUUCUGAGGUUGAUGGCUCCGGGGGAUCGAGGAAGGCGUCUUUUAUCGGGAUAUGCAUUACAUAGGGUAAGCGACAGGUCGCCUGAAGGUUAGCAUUGGUGUGGCGUUUAGGACACAGGGACGGUUAGCAGGCUGAGCUCCCAGUGCGGAUUGAUUACUAUGUCGACUCUUUUCUACAUCCUGCAUGCCUUCCUGGUUGUCAAGCUGCAGUUUAAGCAUCUGAACCGCUCCGAGCACCAAUCGGCCAAGCAUCCUCGGCAUCGGAGCCGGUUGGACGGCGCGCUGCUGGGGCUUGGGCCAGCAAGGCCCCGACCAAUACACGGCCAUUGCUCUUCCAUUCAUCGACAAACUGCUACGGGGAAGGCAGAAUGAAGCCGUUCAUAUGUCCAACUAAACCCUCUACACAUUUGAGAAACCGAAGUGUUGAGCGACUUUGAGUGAGUGUUCCUCGUU